AUGGACUUCCUCAACAAAGUCACCGGCGGAAACAACACCUCCCAACCCGCCGACCACUCCAACAACCCCACCACCACCAACCCCACCGAUCAGUCUUCCUCCUCCGGCGGCGGCCUAAUGGACAAGUUUAACAGCCUCGCCGGCGGCGGCAAGGAGUCGGAGAAGAAGGAGGAUCCUCUCGAUAAGGGUACGUUUGGUCCACCAACCAACCUUACCCACUCCACUACGUCAUCACCACUAACAAAUAAAAAAAUAAAAAUAGGAGUCGACCUCUUCCAGCAACACGUCCUCGGACAGGGCGACCAGUCCAACGAGAGCGCCAUCGAGCAGGCCAAGGAUGAGCAGAUCAGUGAUUUCAUUCGGGACCAGUACAAGAAGAAUGCGGGGAAGGAUUUUCCUGUGGCUGAUAAAUAG